GCCAAAAAUUAAGAAAGCGUUGGGCUUGGAAACGAUGUCGUGACUCGUGAUAAGCUCGAUUCGCCAGGCGCCAGCUACACUCCCGAUCGCCUUCUAUAAGUAGCUCGAGCCUUCCCCUCUCGGAUCCAACAAGCUACAAGGCGGCCGAAGGUCCUCGAAUCUCGAUCGACUGCUUUCGCACUGAAGGCGGCGGCCAUGUCUCCCUCUCCUGAUCUCUCCCGCGUCCUCCCCCGCGUGCUCAUCGUCUCCCGCCGCACCGUCCGCAAGAACAAGUUCGUCGACUUCGUCGGUGAGUACCACCUCGACCUCAUCGUGGGCAACGGCGCGGUGCCGGUGAUCGUACCGCGCGUGUCCGGCGUGCACACGCUGCUGGAAUCGUUCGAGCCCAUCCACGGCGUGCUCCUCUGCGAGGGCGAGGACAUCAACCCCUCCCUCUACGACGUCGACGCCGGCGCGCUCUCCUCGGAGCAGCUCGAGGCCGUGCGGCGUCUGCACCCGAGCGACGCCGCCAUCGACCACGAGAAGGACUCCAUCGAGAUCCGCCUCGCCCGCCGCUGCCUCGAGCGCAACAUCCCGUUCCUCGGCAUCUGCCGCGGCUCGCAAGUGCUCAACGUCGCCUGCGGCGGCUCGCUCUACCAGGACGUCGAGCACGAGCUGGGCCCCGAGUGCGCCACCGUCCGCCACAUCAACUACGAUGACUACGAUGGGCACCGCCACCCGGUGCACGUCCUGCCGGGCACGCCCCUGCACGAGUGGUUCGCCGACUCGCUCGACGUCCGCGGCAAGGACGAGGGCGCGCAGCUGAUGGUGAACAGCUACCACCACCAGGGCGUGCGGCGGCUGGCGCAGCGGUUCGUGCCGAUGGCGUUCGCGCCGGACGGGCUCGUCGAGGGGUUCUACGACCCCGACGCGUACAACCCCGGCGAGGGCAAGUUCAUCAUGGGCCUCCAGUUCCACCCGGAGCGCAUGCGCAAGGCCGGCUCCGAAGAGUUCGACUACCCUGGCUGCGGCAAGGCCUACAAGGAGUUCGUCCGCGCCGUGGUCGCGUACCAGGAGAAGGUGGCCGCCGCGGCCGCGCACGUGCCCCGGAGCGCGUUCCUCGCGUCGAAGCUGAACAAAGAGAUGGAGAAGCGGCGCAAGGUCAUCUUCCGGAGCUUCUCGCUCGCCAAGGACAUGUACGUCUCCGGCGGACGCACGCGGCCGGCCGGGCAUCGCGAUCUCGAAGCCGGCGCCGAGUUCCUCCAGUCGAACACGGCGCUGAGCGUGCAGCAGGAGAAGCGGCUGAAGCAGAUGGGCGCGACGGUGCGGAACGCGUCGGGGUACCUCAACAGUUUGGAGCCGAACGACGGGCGCGAGGCAGCGGCGAGGGCGCUCAUGGCGGAGAUGACCGUCGACCAGCUCUCCGACCUCGCAUCCUUCUACCACACCAUGGGCAAGAUCUGCUCCGAGGUCCUCGACAGGAAGCUGCAGUCGUUGCAUGCAUCUGCGUGACUAAGACUAACUCGACAGUGUCUCGACGCGUGUCGGUGCCGACUCUUGCCUGUUGCAUCCUGAAUACCCGAUGCUGUUACGAAAACUGAAUGUAAAGGCAAGUGUUUAUUGGCUACUAAUAUAUUACAUGUUGUUCGAGAAGUAUGGCGGUUCUUCUGUGUAUCUGCCUGUUUGACUUGGCUUCGUAUCUAUGUGCAAUGCACCGGCUGGAGCAGCAGGAAAACUUGGGCUCAUCUCCUGAACUGACAAGGAUGACGAUUGACGAGCAGGCGAAACGACGAACUGAAUAAAUGUUGGUCGUUUUCGUUUGCGGUGUCAUUCCCCUCCAGCGAUCGUCUUGUCCAUCUUUCUGCAGCAGAGUCCAGAUUGUCAGAACUCAGAAGAGUGCCCAAUACCACAUCAUAAUUUUGUCAGAACUCAGAAGAGUGUCCAAAACCACAUCGAAAAUUCGAGAUCUAAGGUAGGGUUUGGUUAUUUAAAUGAAGUUAAAUAAGAUGAGAUUAUAUUGUAUGAGAUGGUUUUGGACAGGAUGAUAUGGUAAAAAUAGGUUGUUUGAUUGGAU